CCAGAAGCAUGCAGCGUCAAGAGAUUGUGCCUUUCACGCGCUGUGGAAUUACUUCCUGCCGAUUUGAAGACCUGACAGAUUUGUGCUGUCAAAAUGAGCCGAAACCUGAAAAAUGUCCUGGUUGUGUCUUUUGGAUUUUUAUCAUUGUUUACUGCCUAUGGGGGACUUCAGAGUUUACAGAGUAGCUUGAAUUCUGCAGAUGGGAUGGGUGUAGCCUCUCUGAGUGUCAUCUAUGCAUCCAUUAUCCUGUCCUCCAUGUUCCUCCCACCCAUUAUCAUCAAAAACCUUGGCUGUAAAUGGACAAUCGUGGCCUCCAUGGCCUGCUACGUAACCUAUUCUUUUGGGAACCUCUACCCAGGAUGGGGUACACUGAUUCCUACCUCUAUCAUCCUGGGACUCGGGGGUUCCCCUCUGUGGUCCGCAAAGUGUGCCUACCUCACGAUAAGCGGAAACCGGCAGGCAGGAAAAGACAACAAGAGGGGCCAGGAUGUGAUCAACCUGUACUUUGGAAUCUUCUUCCUGAUAUUCCAGUCCUCUGCAGUGUGGGGGAACCUCAUGUCAUCGCUUAUAUUUGGGCAAGACGCAAACAUAGCCAACAUAACAGAGGAGAACCUGCAAUUCUGUGGGGCUGGUGUCUGCACACAGAAUAUUACUGGAGAAUCACCCAAGCCAGAGAGAAAACUGGUUAACAUACUAGUGGGCUGCUAUAUAGGUGUGGGGCUCCUGGCCAUGUUACUGGUGGCCGUGUUUCUAGAUAACAUAGACAGGGACUCGGCCCGCGAGUUCAGGGGGAACAGGGACCCCUUCUGGAACACCUUCCUGGCCACCUUUAAACACCUCCGAGACAAGCGGCAGCUGCUCCUCAUCCCACUGACCAUGUACAGCGGGUUUGAGCAGGGGUUCCUCGCUGGGGACUACACCAAGUACUACGUGACCUGUGCCCUGGGCAUACACUUUGUGGGAUACGUGAUGAUAUGCUUUGGUGCCACCAACUCCAUCUGCUCUUUUACUUUCGGGAGGCUGGCGCAGUACACCGGGAGAGUGGCACUGUUUGCCUUGGCUGCAGUGGUAAACUUCUCCUGCAUCAUCGCUUUGCUGUUCUGGAAGCCCCAUCCAGACCAGCUACCAGUGUUCUUUGUGUUUCCUGCCCUCUGGGGAAUGGGGGAUGCGGUGUGGCAGACGCAAACCAAUGCACUCUAUGGGGUUCUGUUCCCACACCAGAAGGAGGCAGCGUUUGCCAAUUAUCGAAUGUGGGAGUCCGUGGGAUUUGUGAUCGCCUUCGCGUACAGCAAUUUCAUCUGUCUGGACUCCAAGCUCUACGUUCUGAUCUUUGUCCUGAUUCUUUCAAUGGUGCUCUAUGCAUGGGUAGAGUGGGAAGAACGCAGGAAUCCUACUCCAGGGGUGGAGCCCAGCCAUGAUGUCACAGAGAAAAAAGAGGGCAAGGACCAGGGUCUGACUGCGCCAACGACACAAAUUAAAGCUGAAACCAAGCUGUAGAAAAGUGGCUGCUUGGGCGAACUAUGUGCAGACAACGAUGAGUCUGUCAGAAAUGCAAUAACUUCUCCCUUUCCAAGGCACUGCUAUUUUUAAAUUAUUAUAACAUAAUCUAGUUUUAUGACCGGGACUCAGUCCUUGCACAUAGUGGUUUGGGUUUAUAGUUAAAAACUACAACAUGUCCCAAAAAUAAUUCUCUCUUCAUUCCAGUAUAGACUUGAAAGGCCAGCUUUACUAUAAGUUAGUAUCUGCAAAAAAAGUACUAGCUCCAGAAAAAAAAAAAAACUGCUGUUGACUGUGCCUUUGAUCAAUAUGGCCUUGAACUAACUGACAUUAUUUACAGUAUGAUGGAUGAUAAGGAUUCAGUCAUUUUGAAAAUGCCAAGUUUAUCCAAUAUUGUAUUCGCAGGUUUAAACAAUAUUGCACUUAUUCUGAUAAAAUAAAAUAUGCAUAUUGCCAUAAUUAUCCAAUGAAACUUGCACAAACAAUUUACCAAAAGAGGCUUAGAAUUCUAAGAGUCUAAUAGAGUCUUAGAAUUCUGGAACCUCACUAAAAAUAAACAAUUUGAUAUGUAUCAGACAGUUAAUGAAGGGUAGAUGGCUCAGAACCAAGCACCAUGCAAGGUGCCAGGGCAAACUGCAAAGAGAAUUAUUCUUGGGACUAAUUGUUUUGAAGGAACUUAAACAGGUCUUAUUAUAUCUCAGGACUACACAAUGCUACGACGCACCUGGAAUUUGAAAAGUGAAAAGUGAAUGCUGGUUUCCCAGCAUACAAUUCAACAACAUUCCUACAAUGCCUCGUGGCUGUGCCUUUCAUUGCCUUAACUCCUAUAUUCAUCUAGCACGCAUAAAACUCCUAUGUGUAUCUGACUCCUGACACAGAUGGUCUGUUCAGAGCUCAGUUGCCAGGUUUAGAAAUGGAACCUAGGUGUCUUACACUGUAACACAGCAACAUUACCAUGCUACCAUAAGGCUGGCAAUAUGUUUUGUGUAAAUUUGGAGCUUUUUUUUGGAAGAAGGAAUGAGAGCAUUGAAUGGGACUUUUGUUCUGAACUCUUGUCUUCCGGUUUUGCUUAUACAUAUUUCUUUUUCUACUGUCCUCAUCAGAAUUUUUGCUGCUACCAAAUGUUUUCACUUUUGUCAGUCUUAAAAUUAAAGUACUAAAGGAAGUGAAAUUAUAUGUUUGUAUAAUUUGUAUCAUGUUUAAAAAAUAAAAAAAAAUCAUGUUUAUAACUGUCGGGUUGAGGAGAAAUAUCUUGUAAGAUAUUUCCACAGAUAGCGUACCAGCUGACAGAACCAGCACCAUAGUAAAAAUUUGUUAUUUACAGGAAUAUUUUAUACCCUCCCAGAGGGGCAGCACAGCUGUGCGUGUCGAUACCACCCGCAACCUUCACCUCAGCUGGAAAAAUAAACUUUGCUUCCCUCAGCA